AUGAGUAUUGAUCCCCAUGCGGACCUUAUAACUGAACAAGGAGGCACCGUCUGGCUUAUUAGGGAGGACUGUGGCCAACUGGUCCAUGACUUGAAGACGCCUUUCAACGGCGUUGUGGGCCUAACAGAAGCUAUGAAGGUGAUGGUCCGCGAUGAGGGCAAGAUGCGCCUCCUGACGAUGAUAAACCGCGCCGGCACCCGCCUGGCUGAAUACGUAGAAAGGACCCUGGAGAUCGACGAGCUUUCACGCGGGACGAUGUUCAUGCAGCAACAAGAAGUUGAUAUAGGACUGGUCAUAUUGGAGGCAGUGGAGCUUAUGCGCUACGCUGAGGACAAGAACGGUGUACCUGUUCGGAAAGCGAGCGUCGAACUGAUUCAUGACUGUCCACCUGAAUGGUCCGAGGGUGGCCAGGGGCCCGUUGUCGAGGGAGACGAUAUGAAAAUCUCGAGAGUGAUCUACCACAUAGUUGAUAAUGCUCUUCGCUACACUGAGGCGGGAAGUGUGAGGGUGUCUGCUCGGGCUGGUGGUGAAUUCGUGACGAUCGUUGUAGCCGACACAGGAAUUGGAAUUGAUCCUUCACGGCAUGAUGAAAUAUUCACGCCAUUCUGUCGACUUGCUUACCCCUCUGACGGCUGCUUGGGCCUGGGUCUCUCAGUUGUCCUAGAGACGCUUUACCUAAUGGGUGGUUCUAUCGCAGUCCAUUCGCUUGGUCGCGGCCAGGGCACCACCGUCACUGUGAAGAUCCCCUUUAAGAUGACCUCCCCAGUGCCCCUACAAACCUUCGACCGUGGCCCCGAGGGGUUCGGCUUGUACCUUGAUCUGACCAAACCACGACCGUCACAGCGACUGUUGAUGAAGAGGAUGGUCGGCUUGUUGGCACACGAGUUGCGAAUACCCUUCUUGGGCGUCAUUGGCUCUAGUGACUACCUGGCACGCAUUGAAGAGAAGAAACCGUUACAGAAACAGCUGAGCAUGAUCAAUCGUUGUGGAGCUCGUCUGGUAGACGUCAUUGACGUUGUGAGGGACGCAGCCCUCAUGCUGGAGUCCCCUGUUGGAAUGGAGGUUAAAUCCGUCAAGAUCCCCUUACUGGUCGAGAAGGCCUAUAAGCAGCUUGACGUGGCGAAGGUGAAUUGGAAAGGUCCAUCGGAAGAUAAGCGAAAUCAGCCUAUGAAGAAAAGGGAGGUCAACUUCUUCAACGAGUGUCCCUCUACUCUACCCGAAUUUCCCGGGGAGGAGCUGAAACUAUUCAAAGUUAUCGAGCAUGUUGCUGAAAAUGCGCUGAAGUUCACCAACAAGGGCCAUGUUAGAAUAGACGCUAAAGCGACUAGAGAGAUGAUUACUAUCAUAGUAGAGGAUACGGGCAUUGGAAUUGCUGAGGCGGACCAGUCAAGAGUAUUCCUACCUUUUGUGAGGCUGGAGCCCCACAACUACUACGGUCUUGGUCUUGGGCUCACUGUAGUGUACGAGAUAGUCAAGCUAGCGGGGGGCAGCGUACAGGUUGAGUCAGCGAAGGAUAAGGGAACGACGGUCUCGAUUCACCUGCCAACAGCGAGGCCUAAGGCGGUCCAUCCUGAUCCUCUUGAUGCGGUAUUCGUGGAGGCAUCAAGACGGCUGGCGGUCGUGGAAGAUUCAGGAUCUUCUCCCCUGCGUAGCGCAGAAGAGAAUGAGCCUGUUGCCCGAGAGUCCAUGCGGUCUAAGGCCAGCAGAGUGAACUUUGUGAAGGAGCCCACGUCGUUCACAGGGAGCUAUCAUGAUGUGGUUGGGUCGUCAAAGGCGCCUAGUGUGGUUUGCCUUGAUGGAGGGGAGCUGGUGUCACAGCAUGCGGAGGAGGAGCGUCUGGAGACGGAGAGGGACAGGCAGGAAAAGCUCAUAAGUGAUCUGAGGACAGCUCUUAAGGAUUGGCAACGGCGAUGCGAAUAUUUGGAAAAUCUCUGUAUCGGACUUGAACGGGAGAAAACAGAGGAGAAGGAUCUCCAUCGACUAGAGCAAGAGAAGGCGGCUGCUAUAGUGAGAGAGGAGGAGCUCAGACGUCAGCUUGCUGAGGGGAAGAGGAAGGAGGAGACGUGUAAAACGACUGAAGAAGCCUCUAACCAAGUUACUGAUUUACAAUCCCGCUUGGAGGAGAUAACCCAAGACUUGAGCGCAUGUCAGCGAGAGCUUGAGGCGUCGAAGGAUGAGGUCAGAAGUCUGAGCAUGGUGAGGAGCGGAGAUGCUGUCGUGAAGCACUUGAGGGCAGAACUUGGGAGGGCGAAUAGAACGGUAGACGAACUUAGGGAAAAAUUACGCGAGUCGAAACGGAAACGAACGUCGUUGAAGAUGGAUGUCGAGCGACUUCGCAGUGGGAAGGCUAGGGACGUCUCGUUCAUGCAAGCAGUAGAGCAACUGAGGGAUGUGGCCAGUAACAUGCAGCAGGAGAUAGAGAACCAUGUAUCCCGUCGGGGUGUUGAGACUUGCGAGGCGCUGCGAUGCAUGCGGGAGGAGAAUGAGCAGCUGCGGGUGGAGCUGGCUUCAGCUAAGCAGGGGGAGAGGAGGGAGGAAGGUGUUGAAGGACUUGAACGAGAAAACGAGUGA